CUUCAGGCGGCCACCCGGGGGUGCGCUACAAUAUGCGCACCGAGCUCAUUUUCCACGGCACUGGCGCCUCUUCUUGCCUUCCUAAUAUCUCUUGUCUCACCCUACCCCCUGAGGAAUACGAUGAUGACGAAGAAGGGAGGUGCGAGGCCUGCCAUCAGGGAGCGAACCCGUGGGACCAUGCGGAGCCGAAGGAGGCGCUGAAGAACAGAAGACGGAAUACUGGCGCUGUACUUCGUGUUACGCAGGACGAUGGGUCGCAGGUGACCAUUGUCAUAGAUGCUGGAAAGUCAUUCGUCGCUGCGGCAUUAGAAUGGUUCCCGAAGCAUGGUUUGCGGAAGAUAGAUGCUGUUGUACUUUCCCACGCUCAUGCUGAUGCGAUGAACGGCUUAGACGACCUGCGAUGCUGGACAUUGGAUGGAACCAUGCAAGAUCAUGUCGAUAUCUACCUUUCCCAGAAGACGUUCGAUGAAGUCGAGCGAACAUUUCCGUAUCUCGUGAACAAGGGCAUGGCGACUGGUGGGGGUUCUGUGCCGGAAUUCCAGUGGAAUAUUAUUUCCGAGUUCGUAGAGUUCGACGUUCAAGGUGUGAACAUCACGCCGCUCCCAGUUCAUCACGGCCGGUACUUCAGCCCUGUCAUAGAAAACCCAUUCCCGAUGACUCCACCCCUUUCACCCCCUUUAUCCCGGAGUUCCAGUACUCAAACGUUCCCAUUUCCGUCCCAAGCUCUCUCAUCUUCCCCGACGCCGCCUGUCGUGUUCACCUCCGGCUACUUUCCCCGUUCUCGACCACCGUCACCUGUGAUACCCCAACCCUAUAUCGCAUUCGCCUUCCUGCUCCCCAACAUCCUAUACAUAUCCGACGUUUCCCUUAUUCCCCCAUCUCUAUUCAGCCACCUGGCGUCUCUUCCAGAGGAGACAAAGCCACGUGUGAGCGUACUCGACUGCCUCAGACCGGAGAACCACACGAGCCAUUUCGGGAUUACCGAGGCUGUACGGGCUGCCCACGAACUUGGAACGGAGAAGAACUACCUGACUGGGUUCAUGUGCGGCGGCCAAGGCAAAUGGAUCAGUCACAGGGGAUGGUUGAGGGUGUGCGAGCGCGUGUCGGACGAGAAAGAGCUGGAGGACUUUACGGAGUGGACAGGCAGCGAAGGCGAGAGAAGACGGUGCGAGAGAGCGAUCGAGAUGGGAAGAAAGGGCAUCGAGGAAGGAAAGGAAAGAGCAUGGAUCCGACCGGCAUUUGAUGGGAUGAGAGUCGUGAUUGAUGAACACGGCAGGGUCUCUGACGGGACGUACGACUAGACUGGGGGGGAGCAACAAAAUGAAGGAAAUUUGUAGCAUUAUAUUUUUUAGAAUACCCGGGGAAUCAAAGAGACCUAGAAACGGGCCUUCAUCGUUCAGACCGUCUGAGCUGCAUUCGACUUUCGAUUUAGACCAAGCACCAAUAGUGGUCGAACCCGAGCCUCUGUGGGCGCAGGUCCGGAGGAAUAGCGGAUUUUCCUCAACCUCCACCCGUUUCCCUCACCGAAAGUCGGGCCAGGGCCCGGAAUCCGUAGAGGACCGAGGCUAGCCAUCAGAGCCGACCCUGUCUUUGGUGGCUGCGACCUGUUGAGCCUAGAACACGGCUUUGGAAAGCAAUGGGUUGCAGCACCGGACUUGUUGCACCUGGACCCGGCGAACCAUGUUGCCCCAUCGACUUCGUCUCUGGAAGUAACGUCAUCAGCAUCCCCAAAGAAACAGCAACGAACGACGGAG